UCUCGGAGCAUAUCAUCGUAUCACAGACUACGAUGUAGAGGAAGGACUUGGUCCCUCCUUCGCUGCGGGCAAAUUCGCUUGUCACACAACUUCUCCCCCUCCCUCAAGAUAUGCAGAGAAACGAUAGCCUCAUCCCAGGGGAUUACGUGGAUUAUCUGUGGGGGCUACAAUGUCCGGGAAGCGUUCUGGCCGCUGCACCAAAACCUACGGGAUAACAUCCGUGAAGAAAGAUCGUUUACGAUCUUGAUUCGCAGGCUAUGUAUGUCUAUGGCAUGGGCUACCGAUUUAGGGACAGAAGCUGACCUCAUUCCACUCGGCAUAUAUGCGGUUUCUGGCAGCGAAUCAAACAUGGACGGCACUGUUCACAACUUGUUCCCGCAGUACAAAUUUGGACCGAGAAUCGAGCUAGCUGGAUCUGGUAAAUCAAUAUACUACGAUGGUGCAGUUAAUAGCCUAGGCAGUCUAUUAUCUUGA